UCUCCGUGAAAAAAGCUAUAAAGCACAAAUUGCGCUUAUCCCGCCCUUUUCGCACUUACAAAAUUGAUCGGCGUCCGACUUCCGGUUAGGGUUUUCUCAACGCCGCCGAAGUAAACGGAGUACUGACUUCUUGGAAGAGUUGUUCUUCACAAGUUUUGCACUUCAAUUUUCGUUUUCAUUUCCACUCAAGUUUUCGGUUAUAGGAAGCAUGGAGCCUAUAACUCCAGUUCAAGUUAACUAUGCUUCACGUAAACCUCGGAUUCUGCUAGCUGCAAGUGGAAGUGUGGCAGCUAUCAAAUUUUCAAAUCUAUGUCAAUGCUUUUCUGAAUGGGCAGAAGUCAAAGCAGUUGCAACAAAAGCUUCUCUUCCAUUCAUAGACGCAGGGUCAUUUCCAAGAAACGUCGACCUUUAUACAGAUAAUGAUGAAUGGUCCGUUUGGAAGAAGGUGGGUGAUGGUGUGCUACACAUUGAGCUUCGUAGGUGGGCCGAUAUCAUGGUUAUUGCCCCUUUAUCAGCAAAUACGCUUGGAAAGAUUGCUGGUGGAUUGUGUGAUAACUUGCUGACCUGCAUUGUGCGAGCGUGGGACUAUAAGAAACCCUUUUUUGUGGCACCUGCCAUGAAUUCAUUUAUGUGGUAUAACCCAUUCACAGAACGUCACCUUAUGACAAUUGACGAGCUUGGUAUCUCUCUUAUACCACCAGUAUCAAAGAGGCUUCCCUCUGGAGAUUAUGUAAAUGGAGCCAUGGAAGAGCCUUCCUUCAUCUUCUCAACUGUAAGACUCUUUGUAAAGUCCCGAUCACAAUCAGGGGGGAGUGGAACCAUAUCAUGAUAUAUGGAUCAUGAGAGUUCAUUCACCAUUUCAUCCGUGGCAUAGAAAUUGCUGUUGAAGUUUGCCACAAGAAUUUUGUUCCAAGGAUCCUACCUGUAUCUGGUACAAUCUCUUACAUGGUUUGGCAUGUUGUUCUUCUCCCCUGUACUUUUGUGUCUCCCCGGCUGUCUCGUUUGUACUCUUUAGAGCUACUUGACUUUCAUUUUUUGUGGAGAUAUCAUGCAACUUCAAGUAGUUUUAGCUGCUAAAAGUGGAUGUAAUCAUGAAACGACGUGUGAAAAAUAGAUGCAGCUUCUUGAUUAGCGUAGCGAAUGAUGCUGGAAACUCAAUCUAUUUGAG